ACUGAGCCAGACAGGGGUUAAGGGACUUAUCCAAGGUCACACAAGCUAGUUAAGUGUCUGGGAUGGAAUUUGAAAUCUGUACCAGGCCCAGAACACCUCUCUGCCUAGGUGAAGGGAGAAUCUACAUUGUUAUUUUUUUAAAAAAUCAUUAAAACAAAGAAUUGGAAAUGGAAAUGACUUGUCAAUCUAAACAAUAUUUGAUCAUUCCAAAUGUACCAGAAGUUUGCAUACUAUUUACACAGACAUUAGUAUAUGCUUUGUAUUAUGUUAUGAUACAGGUAUUCCCUGAAAUACAGCUUUCCUAUAAUUUCUCUCCAUUCUCAAAAUGCAGAACAAGACAAAAUACUCACAAGUGGAAAACACAUAAAAGUUACUAUGUCAAUAGAACUGUUCAGCAAAAUGAGUAUUAUCUGCUAAGAAAAAUACCCAGAAAAGAGAGAAGGCUUGAUCCAAUAGGUGACAAAGCAUUUCUUAGUCAUACCAAGAGCAUCACUUUCAUUUCCAUAUUGCUACACACUCUUAAUGGAAUUUACAGGACAAGCAUUAGGUGAACUGAAAACUAUAAAAGUUUUCAGGAUAAAAUAUAUUUUCAAAGACAUUGAAAGCAAAAUAACCCAGGAUCCUGGCCCUCAUUUUGCCAUUAUUUUAAAAAAUCUGCUUAAACAAGCAUGUUUCCUCUCCUACUUCCCUCUUCUGACAAAAAUUUAUUUAUAAAUGAACUAAUCAGGGAAACGCUAUUUCUAGUUUACACUUGAGAUUUCCUGCCAUUUCCCCAACAUCCGAUCUAAUAAACAUUCUCUAGGGCAAAACCUAACAAUCAAAUUGGAGCCUUAUCUAUCUUUGUGAUUAAUCACCCCUAGGAAGGGAGCACAGAGGGAAAGUCAGAAGGCCAAGGUUUUGGAUGACUGCCUAUUGAGAAUGCAACUAACCUUCAAAGAAGAAAGCCGAUUUAUACUUUAACCCUCAAAAGGAUGAACAGUUGAAUAGCAUUUCUUGGAUCGACCAUAGAAAUAGGGAAAAUUAUCAUUAAAGAAAUUAUCCUUUUAGAAAUGGGAAAGUUAUCUUUAUGGAAAUAGGGAAAUCAUCUUCAUUAAUCAGGCAUGUAAGUCCUUCCAUUAAGCCUAUUUAUAUAUGUUUCCAAGAAGUCAUUGGAAGGUUUGUUCAGUAAAGAAACAUCUUAUUUUACAGGGAAGUACCUAAUCUUUCAGCACCUGUUAACUAAACUUACUGCACCUUCAUUUCUUAGAAGACUCAAGUAACUUGUAAUUUUCCAUCUUCCCUACAACCAGAGUAGGGAGUUUACAUAUCUACUAUUACUUCCUUUUUUAUUUUUCGAGUGGGGAGUUCAAUUUUUUUUUUUUUUUGCAACCUUCCCCUUUCCCAGUCUCCAAAAGACACGUAGUCCGGGCACGCAUAUGCACUGGUAAACAUACAUACACACAGAGCCUAUCCAGAAACCUCCAGCAAACAACUUCACAAGAAAGACAGCAGGGCAACACUAACGUACUCUGCAUAUCAAACGUAUGGAAUGAGACAGAAGAAACAAGUUCCUAACUCACAUUUGGGGGGGGGUUCACCCUCCGCUCCUCUAUUCCUACAGAUGACCUGUAUCUGGCAUUUUUUAAAGAAAAACCAACACCCCAGAACCAGCUGCAUUUAAAGCAAAACCGAAGCGGAGAAGUGAGCAGCAUCGCAAGCCCACCGCAUAAAACCUCACGGUCCGGAGAGAAGCCGGCAGAGCGAACCUAGAGAAAACAAGGGGAAAUGCGACACGAGAACUAAGCUUGGUUACCGAACCAGGAGCGUCACAAUAAGAGAGAAACAAUGUAAGAUAUAGAUUUGAUUAGCUGCCUUGGUGUUGCAGUUGGAACAUUUCAGAACCUAAACAACUCUACUUAACUAGGAGUGGUAAGAACAGAAAUCGAUUUUAAAUAAAAUGUUUACACUACCAAAACUCCUUCGAAAACCUUUGCCUCCAAAGACACAACAGAAACCACUUCCCCUAAAGAAAGAAAAAAUUCAGUCAGCUAUCACCAAUGAAGUAUCCAAGCAACAAGAUCUUCUUAAACCCUGUCCCAGUAAAAUUAUUACAACUGAAAUAGAGAAGAAUGUAAUUCUUGGAAAAUUUCCAAAGAGGAAAAAGCAAUCCCGGAUCCAUAUCAAAAACCUGCUUCUUAAAUGGCACAUAAAAAGACAUAGGGAUGUGGCAUCAAAGAUGUUUUUAAAGAAAUAUCCAAAGUUCCGUGUGAUAUUUUCAAAUGGCCAAGAUAAUUAUAGUGGUCCUUUCUGUUUGCCAACUUACAAUUCAGCAAAAGAUGAAAAUGUUUCAGAAAAGUCAAGUCUGCAAUGUAAAACGAGAAACUACUUUUUGGAUGGUGCUUUAGAAAAAACUUCAGUCAUGUCUUCUGAGACCUCAACACCUAUGAGUUCGCAAUUAGGACACUCAUCCAACAUCAUAAAACCUGACCUUGAGCGUUUAACUACACCAGACUCAAUAUAUAUGCCUGUUAUAUACUCUAGAUUUGUGAAUGAAAAUCAACCUGUGUCUAAGAAAGGGAAAAUGAAUUGGUAUGACAAAGUGCAAAUCACUCAUGGCACAAUGACUAGACACAAUUUUUCAUUUGACGCACUAUCAGCAGCUUCAGCAAGAAAGCCUUAUAGACAAUAUAUGUUAGAAUUUUCUAAAAUAGAAGAGGAAAAACCAGAUCGCAGAGACUCCUCACUAGAAGGAAAAAUAAUUCCUCUUCCAGAUUUACCUCUAGAAAUGACCGAAUCUGAGAAGGAACUAAUUGUGCACGGUGAGGGUUAUUAUAAAGAUUUACUAUCACCUGAUGAUAAUCCAAAACUGAACCUUGCCAAAAUAGCUGUUAUCAGAUGUCAUGAACAUGGAAGAAAUGCACUUAGUCUUAAGGGUUUCUUUAUUGAAAGAUGCCCAGACUUAAGCAUUUUGAUUAGACAGUUGGUAUAUCUUAACUUAGCCUUCAAUAGUUUACAUAUCUUUCCUCCAGAGGUGUUAGUUUUGAUUAACUUACAAGUCCUGAUCAUGAGAAAUAAUCCUAUCAGAGAGAUCCCUUCUGAAAUUGAAGAAUUAAAGGACCUUAAAGUAUUUGUCAUUUCCUUUAAUUUGUUAACUUCUCUUCCAAAUGGAUUAUUUGCGUUGUCUAAACUUGAGUGCCUGGAUGUCUCCUACAAUGAAAUUACUUCUAUUCCAAAUGAAAUCAAGAAUCUCAGCAACCUUAACAAUUUGAAUCUUGAGGGGAAUGAACUAACAUCUUUGCCACCUGGAAUUUUGAAAAUUUCCCCAGAUAUCUUUAUUAUAGAAAAUAACUUCAUACACCCUUUGUUUUGGAAUGAGAAUUCAAAAAAUGAUGCUCAAAGCCUCAAAGAUCUGGCUCUCGUGUCUUUUGUCCAAAAUCAACUAUGGAAAUUUUAUGAGGUGCUCCCGUCUGAAAUUAAGCAACAACUAAUCAUCUUUAAUGUGUGUGACUACUGCCAAGGCCCUUUGUAUGGCAAAGGACUUCAUCUCAUUCGACCCUUUGAUGUUUUUAAUAUUCAGCUCCUUCCCAUCUUGUUUAAUGUCUGCUCUCCAAGAUGCUACAGGUACACAAAGCGUGAUCCAAAUAUCUUGAAUCUUUUGACCAGACGAUAUUAAAGUCAUGCCCUUGUUAAGAAAACAGAAGUUCUACUUCCUGAAUUGGGAAAUUUUGCAGUCUACAAGUUCUAGUAAUAUCUCUUAAGGAAUCUAACUUUGGUGCAGUUACUGUACUUCAAAAUAUGGACCUAUUAACCUGAAUCUUCUGUAUAAUCCAGGAGCUUUAUACAAGUUUAUCAUUAAUAGGAAUCACUGGCUAUUUCUGAAGGAAGAAUUUGUGUCACUGGAAAAUAUGGAGACAAGGAUAAUUUUUUUUUCGUUAUAUAUUCUACGUAAUCAGAAAAAUGUAUUAUAAUCUCUAACAAUAAAUGUUUUCUGCGUUUAA